UAAAAACUCCGACUUAACACAUCCGCCGGCUCGUGGACUGCUCGUGGACGGUUCGGUUCUGUUCGUCAUGGCGCCUGCUCAUGAAAGUCCGUCGUUGCUGCCGCUGGCGAUGAUGAUGCUCGUGAUGCAAGUGCGGCCUCAGGGACUCGACUUGGCCGACGCUCUGGACGCCGCCAACGCGCAAACCACACCAACACCUUUGCCAGGUACCAAGGCUCCGGUCAAACCCAAAGGCAAACCAGCAGCCGCGGACGAAUUUGACCUGGCCGACGCCUUGGAUCCCAACAACGACAUCACCACCACCAAUAAGGGCAAGGGGGGUCGGCCUGCAGGCGGAUUUUCCGACAACGACCUGAUAGACGUCAGCAACGACAACAGCUACAAACCUGACAAAGGCAAAGGUGGACGACCAAGCGGCGAACGCGAUCACGUCAACCAACGCGAUGACAACAUCGGGACCACAGCGGAGGUCGGCACCAUCGCGGGAAUCGUGAGCGCGGUGGGCAUGGCGCUGGUGGGUGCCAUCAGCAGCUACAUCUCAUAUCAGAAGAAGAAGUUGUGCUUCGGCAUCCAACAGAGCCUGAACGCGGAGAUGGUGAAGGCUGACGUUCCGGACUCAGUGCUGGCGACAGAACCACAAGUGCAGCAAACUCUCCUGGAGCAUGCCAGUGCUGAACCUGGACAUGGCCGCAACGUGGUGUGACGACACGCAAACGCAGAAGCAUUGAAACGGUGACCGGCGUGCACACGCCACACACACACACACGAGCGUCACAAUGCACAUUUUGGUUUUAUUUAAUGAGAAAUGGAAAUUUGUAUCCACAAUCAGUUGAGUUGACUGACAUGAAGCUUUCGAGCAUCCUUCAAAAUGUGACUUUUUCUUUCAUUCAUUGAUUGAUUCCUUUUGUCAGUGUAGCAAACAUUUUUGGUAGUUACUUGGUAGUAAAGGGAGCUUACUUGGACAUUUUUUUUACUGACUCUCAAACUGGAGAAACGUGCGCUCCGCUCUGAUUGCCUUGUUGGCGGCAACCGCAAUGCUUCGUGCUCACGUUUGCUGUGUUCUUUCCACGACGACGACCUGUAUAAUUAUUCCAUCAUAUUAACCUCCUACAAUGAAGACAAUGAAGAUCACAAUAGCAACAACAAUAAUAUUAACCAACAUUUAGAAAAACGUGUUUCAAGACUGACAGCGGAAUGUUUAACGUGAAUGAGUGCAUCUAUGAAGCUGUUUACAUGCUACCGGGAUGCAGAAGCUAAAUAAAAAAAAAAAGAAAACACAGAGAA